CUGCAACCACAACAACAACAACACUAGACCCCAGCAACCACUGUUGUUCUUCACGCCAUAAUGCCGCCAGAAGAAGCCUCCGUAACCUCACCACGGAACCAGCGCCCCGCAGAAUCCCGCCCCGCGUCCUCACCCCUCAAGCACACGUACCUGCUUGCCUACAACGCUGUGUCUGCUGCACUAUGGGUUGGCGUGCUUUACAAGACUGUAACAAUUGGCACCCAUGAAGUUCAAGCUGCGCGGAAAGCGGGCAGCUUCUUCGGCCGCAACGACUUGCAGAGCGCGGCUGCUGGGCUGGCUAGUGGGAGGGUGUAUGCAGAGCUCGAGGAGCAUACACGGUUGGUGCAGAGUCUUGCUGGACUGGAGGUGCUUCACAGCUUAUUCGGCAUCGUCCGCGCCCCCCUCCUCACAACCCUCAUGCAAGUAGCAUCCCGCUUCCUCCUCGUCUGGGGCAUCGCGUACAACUUUCCUGCCACCACGCAGCACUCCCCCGCCUACAGUACGAUGCUGCUCGCCUGGUCGUUCACCGAAGUCGUGCGCUACAGCUACUUCGUCUUCACCCUGAGCGGUCUCAGGGUUCCCUCUCCCCUCUCCUUCCUACGCUACAACACCUUCACAGUCCUGUAUCCGCUCGGCAUCGCUAGCGAAUGCUGGCUCGUUUACCAAUCUAUUCCUGCUGCGCAGAAUCUCGAUGAGAGGAUCCCGUAUGUCUUGUUGGCUAUUCUGGCAUUCUAUGUGCCGGGCAGUUAUGUCCUGUUUACGCAUAUGGUCAAGCAGCGCAGGAGGAUUGCGAGGCAGGCGUCACCAGCCCGCAGUGGGCUGGGGUACGAUCAGGCGAGCGAGGAUAGGAUUAUGAAGAAGAUGCGGAUGGCGAAGUACAAGCAGGCGAUGGAGCUUCAGAAUGCCGGCGCGGCGAAGAAGUAGGGCAUGGUGUGGUGCUGAGUGUAUGUGUAUGUGUAUGAUAGCUAUGUAUAUAACUGAGAAGCGUACCAGGUGACUGGGUCAGCAGAUAUGAGCCCGAAGCUCGGGAUCAAAUGACCUCUUAA